AAAUAACGGGGAAGUAAUGGGGACUGAAGACCAAGGAGAAAACCUGAAGGCUUGGUGGCGCCAUGGUGUUCACGCUUUCCGGUCCCUGCCCGCUCCACAUUAUCUUCAGUUUCCCCACCGGGGCGCUUAGGCUGCAGCACGGGCGGAAGUGCCUUGCAGCGGUGGAGCGCUGCGGCUCGGGCGGAAGUGCCUUGCAGCGGUGGAGCGCUGCGGCUCGGGCGGAAGUGCCUUGCAGCGGUGGAGCGCUGCGGCUCGGGCGGAAGUGCCUUGCAGCGGUGGAGCGCUGCGGCUCGGGCGGAAGUGCCUUGCCGCGUGGUCCUCAGAGGCUGUGGUGGUGGCUGAAGGGACGGCCCGGGAGCUCAGGGUUGGCCUGGUUGCCGGCAACGCCAUCAGUCAUGUUCCCCAUCAGGCCCAGCAGCCCCGUCGGGGUCGAGGAGGAGGAACUAGCCGAGGAUGAUCUGGCAUUCAUAAGCCAAAGCCAGGGGAGCUCGUCUGAGGGGAGCGAGAGGUCCGCCCGGUCCGCCUCUUCCCCUCCCUUGCUGCAGCGGCAACCUUCCUCCAGCUCUUCCCGCCAGUCCCAUGAGCCGCACAACUCCCAAGAUCCAGACAGGCCUUUUCUGACAGAGGCCACAGGCCCAGUGACGGCGGAGGCCUCGGCGAUGACGUCGAGCUCUGGGGAGCUUGUGUCCCAGACCAACAGUGAGCCGAGCACCAGAUGCCCUUGCUCCCCCUCUUCCCAAGACUCUCCCACUGCCCAGUCCACGGCCGCCGCUGUGGCAGCCUGCCCUUCUGCCCUCACCACCUUCUCCAGGUGUGUUCCUGCCACGGCCUCCGGCUUGGGUCCUCCAAAGCCCAGGUGGGUGGGAAUGACCGGGCGCCCAGUGGGCAUCCCGCUUUUCCGUUGGCUAGAGAGCCGCAGCCUGGGCCGAGGGAAUUACGUAGACCCCGCCCGAGACAACUUUCACAUGAUGACCAGGUUGUACAAAUCCACCCACCCCACAGACUCACUAUACCUGAACACCCGCACCCAUGGCGCCGUCUUCAACUUGGAGUACUCCCCCAAUGGGUCAGUGUUAAUAGUUGCUUGUGAACUGAGUGAAGUUCUUCUUUUUGACCCCAUAUCUUCAAAGCAUAUAAAAACGCUUUCUGAAGCUCAUGAAAACUGUGUAAAUAAUAUCAAGUUUCUGGAUAAUAGACUGUUUGCAACAUGCUCCGAUGACUGUACAGUAGCCCUUUGGGAUCUAAGAAAAUUAAACUCUAAAGUGUGCACUUUACAAGGUCAUUCCAGCUGGGUGAAGAACGUUGAAUAUGACGUUAAUACAAGACUCUUAGUUUCAUCAGGAUUUGAUGGAAAUGUAAUCAUUUGGGACACUAACCGGUGCACAGAAGAUGGGUGCCCACACAAGACAUUCUUUCAUACCCGUUUUCUUAUGCGGAUGAGGUUAACUCCAGACUGUUCCAAAAUGCUGAUUUCAACCUCUUCUGGUUAUCUUUUGAUUUUACAUGAUCUUGACUUGGCAAAAUCUUUAGACGUUGGAAGCUAUCCAAUUAUGAGGGCAGGGAGCACUGCAUGGAGUUCCCAUGCGGCUACUUCUGCAACUUCAUCUGCUCCUAGAGCUGCUGGUUCAUCUUCUCAUGAUGGGCAUUCUGGUUCAUUAUUUGAGCAAAAUGUGUCAAGAUCCUCUCAAGCAGAAGGUGUGUCACCUCGUAAUAGUUUUGAAAUUUUAAUACCAGAUGUUCCUUUUGGGAGGCAUCGUGGUAAUUGCAUUACAUCUUUACAACUACAUCCUAAAGGUCAGGCUGCCCUUUUACGGUGUUCCAGUACUAUAGAUGACCAGGAGUGGACCUGUGUCUAUGCAUUCCAAGAUGGGCCUCCAGUACAACCCAUUGCACCUCAUUAUUCUCUAAGACUGACUCAUUAUAUUGAGGAAGCUAAUGUAAGCAAUGGGUACAUCAAAGAACUUUGUUUCAGCCCUGAUGGUCGACUGAUUUCUUCCCCACAUGGCUAUGGGAUCCGCUUAUUGGGAUUUGACACCCAGUGCAGUGAACUUUUUGACUGCUUACCCAACAGAGCCAGGCCCUUGCAGGAAAUCCAUUCUCUCUACUCUCACAAUGAUGUGGUUCUGACAACCAAGUUCUCCCCCACACAUUGUCAGAUUGCCUCAGGGUGCCUUGGUGGAUGCGUGUCUUUGUAUCAGCCAAAGUUUUAGGCAAAACUCUCAUCAAAAAAGGAACUCUUUUGGUGUUCAACUUCUAAAUUACUUCUCUUCAGGUGAAAUAUUUUCCUUAGACAUCUUGUAAGUGCUUCAAGAUCCUCAUCCCUAGGGUCCAUGAACAUCCCAACAAUGACAUAGGGGUACUCAGUCUAACACUGGAUGUUUGAUACCGCAUCUCUAAGACAGACUGUGCAUUGUCUUUCUUCCUCGGCAUUCCUCUGCUCCUGCUGAUCCUGUGCCAUGGUUCCUCUGGUUGUGUUGCACAGUAGUCCUUGGAGGACUUUUCUCUAGGUGUGACUCUUGGUAGACACUGGGCAGGAUUUUUGGUUCAGGAAGAUGGAAAGUGGUGCUACUCCUGAAUAGUCCUAGAAGACUGAUGUUGGCAUAUUGGUUGUUACAAGCGAAAAUUUAUCUUGCCAAUUCAUUUGGCCCUUGUAAAUGGCCAUUAUUUCACUAUAAUGACUAGAUGAUGAAAAUGUUCUCCUACAUAUUAGAUUAGAUUUUGUCUUAAUGACUUUUGAAAUUUAUUGAAAUUGCUAAUCUAGUUUUCACAACAUGAGGGAUUUUGUUUAUUGUAAAAUACUAGCCAAAUGUUGUCGUGUUUGUGUAAUUAGUUUCCUUUGUGUGAAGUUAAACUGCUAGUUUCCUUACUGUGUAUACUUGUUUUUAUUGUUUUAUUUCUGAGAAGUGAAGAAAUGGACUUUUUCCUGUGGUACAAAGAUAAGGUUCUGCUGGCUUAGCAGAAAGCAUUUAUUUAUUGACUGAUAGGAAAAGCAUCAUUUAGAGACUUCUGUCAUCUUCUCUGCUGCAAUCUGUAUAGUGUAGUAGAAAUUGUUACACUACCUGGGGCAGAUCAGUGAGUAAAAAUGCCCCCUUUUACUUUGUUUUCUUUCCUUAUUCUCCUUGGGAAAAAUGUGUAUAAGAAUACUGAGUUUUUUUGAGAACACUUAAUUUGUUUCAUUAGUGUUAUAUUUGUUAGUUGAGAAUUCUAGUAUUGUUUUCACGCUAAUUGGCUAGUUAUGAUAUUAUUUAUACUGUGAGUGUAUUGAAUGGAAUGUAACAUAAGAGCAUUUACUGAAUAGGCUCCAUAUUUAAACCAGGGCUGGAAGUUGUUUUCCCCCUUUUCUUUUGCUUUCUUCCUUCCUUUUCUUCUUUGUUUUUUUUUAUCGUGGGCCUGACAACCAUUGGCCUACGAGCAACAAUUGGGCCAUCCUCAAGAAAAGACAGUUAUUCACAGGUUGCCAUGCCAAUGUAAACAUCUUCCCACCCUGCGUUAUAGCUGAGUAACUAUAGCAUUGAUACUUGUAUGUAUUGAAAUAUUACUUUAGUAGAUCUUUAUUUGUAGAAUAUUUGUGAAGAGUUAGAUUAUAAAUAUAAGUAGUAGCUCCAGCCUAGCUGUGGGACCAGAGAACACAUCUCCCAGCUUUGGCAGUAAAUUUCAGAGUUACAAAAUAUGGAUAUAAUUAUACCAAAUGAAAGCAGUUGGAAAACCUGUUGAACCAAGCGGAUUCUAAGGAUUUGAUUCCAAAAAGAAAAGGGUAAUUUUUUGUACCUUAGUAUUUCAGUAAUCAAUAUAUGUGACAUUUCUUAAUAAAGUCUCAUAACCAAUCAUUCAGAUGUACAAAUGUGCCUUAUUUAAGCCAGUAGAUACAUUCCUCAUAUUUUGGGGAAAUUUCUGUCAACUCAAUUAUUUCUCACUGAUUUGGUUAUGUAAUUGGGAGAUGCUGUUCUGUAGAAAAAUGUUGCCAGAAGACAAAAUAAAACUACUUUUGUGCAUGCAAAACAAAAAGGACAAGGUGCAAGCAUGAAGGACCAUAGGGUUUCAUCAAGGGGUAGAUAAAGAAAUUCUUUGGUUGUUGGGCUCUUGGAUAUUCCAAGGAAGUAAUGGUGAAAGAAGAACAAACAUUAAACAUGAGAGGCAAUUGGCUCUCAUCAAGGGGUAGAUAAAGUGACUCAUAGGGAUGUGGGGUUCUCGGUUAACCAUAAGGAUAUAAUGGUGACCUAUGAAUGAGAGUAUCAGGUAUCAGCAGGUGUUUGGUAAAUAAAUUCUUGGGAUUGUGGUUUUCUGGAUUAGUCAUGUGCAAAUAAUGGUGACCCAUGUGGCUUAUCUAGGAGUAAAUAUAGAGACUCCUUUAACUAUGUGGUUCACUAGGAGUCAUGGGAAGUAUUGUUGACUAGAGAGUUUAGGGAAAGCAUGAGGGACCAAAGAACUUCAUCUAAGGGUAGAUAGAUAUGCCUGUGGUUGUGGGGUUUUCAAAGCAUCAUGGGGAAGUAGUGUCCCAAGAAGAAGAUAAAAACAUUUGAAAGCAUAGCAUGCCAUCAAGAGAUAGAUAGGGGUUAAUCCCACAGUGCAUGCAAAAUAGGACCCUGCAGGGGCCGUAUUAGACAGUUUACAGUAUCUUUGUGUGGGGAAACAGCAACAACUUCCACACAGUGCUUCUUGUAUGGGGAGUGCUCCAGAUUGUAGCUCUCCGACUUGAUGUACCGUGCUUCCCCCUGCACCCCUCCCAAAAUUACCCUGGGAAUGUGGGCGGUGCACUCAGAGGGCAGGCUCUCAACCAAGAGUGAAACACUCAGGAUU